UUUUGGAACCGUUUUGAGCAUGUGUUAUUUGUAAUCAUGAUUGGAAUGCGUGCAAAUAUUUUCAACGAGACUUUUUUGAACGAAACAGAUCAAGACGCCAAUUCUGUCCUGAUGGAACUUGACAAAGGUCUUAGGUCUGGUAAAAUAGGAGAGCAAUGUGAAGCGAUUAUUAGAUUUCCCAAGUUGUUUGAAAAGUACCCCUUUCCAGUUUUGAUAAAUUCUUCUUUUCUCAAGUUGUCCGAGUUUUUUCGUAUUGGCUCAAACCUAUCUAGACUAUGGAUAUUACGUGUAUGCCAACAAUGUGAGAAGCAUUUGGAGAAGAUUCUCAAUGUAGAAGAGUUUGUUAAGCGAAUAUUUAUGGUUAUUCAUUCGAACGAUCCGGUGGCUCGGGCCCUAACAUUAAGAACCCUUGGGGCCGUUGCUUGUGUUAUUCCUGAAAAAGAGCAAGUACAUCAAGUUAUUCGCAAUGCUCUGGAUAGUCAUGAUUCCGUUGAAGUUGAAGCAGCAAUUUUUGCUAGUGUACAAUUUGCAGCUCAAUCAAAAUCAUUCGCUGUAGGAAUGUGUGCCAAAGUUGCAUCUAUGAUUGAAUCUUUACAAACACCAGUUUGUAUGAAAAUACUUUUGAUACCAGUGCUCCGGCACAUGUAUCACGACGCUAAUACAGCUGCAUUGGUAAGGACACUAUGUCGCAACCUAUUACCAAAAUACCCUUCAGAACAGUUUGUAAUUGCCAUCCUGCAAUCAUUAUCGCAUCUGUCCUACGUUACAUUCGUGGAUAUACCAGACCAAGUCGAUCUACUGAUUACGUAUCUUAGUGAUCCCAGAAAGAAAGUCCAGCAUGCUGUGCUUCUCUCACUUAAUAAACUGGCUGAUAAGGGUGCAUAUCUGUGGCCAAAAAUUGCUAUUAACAAAUUAUUGAAGUUAACUAUGCAGUGUAGCUACCCCAACAUGGCAUUGAAUGUAAUUAUAACACUAACUUGCUGCCCUACAACAUGUUCUACAAUCUUGAACGAUGAACGGAACCAAAUUCUGGAAAUGUGCAGAUACUGCUUGAUGUUAGAACAUAGUACAUGGGGGAAAGCGUUGACUAUUUUGACCAGUUUAGUUUCAUAUUGCUUCACUGAAAAUAUUCCUUGUCCAAGCUGUUUUUUGCAGCAUCUUACAAUGAAUUUGGAAUACCUUAUAUACUCUGCAUUACACAAUAAAGCACAUAUAAAAGAUUUAAGAAUUUAUCUAAAAUGUGGCAUACGAUUAUCCGAUUCACAUACAGAGUUUGGAGAACAUUUUGCCGAAACAAUCGCUCAAUUGCUGGUAGAGGAUUCUGGUAACUCUUCUUCUCAUCUCAAACUGAUGUGCGAAGCUCUUGGUGCCGUGUGUUCUAGUAUAUCAACUAAUUAUCAGUUUCAUCUGGCUCCUGCAAAUUCUGAAUCCAAACAUCCCUUCAACGCUAUAUUGCUUCCAAUAAUACACAAACUUGAAUCGUAUACAGUAUUGCCUAAACUGGAUCGUAACAGUACUGAUGUAAUAGAGCUACUUGCUUCGAUUUGUUUGCAGCUAUUACUCGGAUCGUUGAUCCCCGAGAGGAUAAGCAAUGUUUUCUUUGAGCUUUCGAAGAUCUCCAAUUUCUGGACGCAAUAUCGAAUCGCUAGAUCUGCUUCAAGAUAUGGACAACAUAAUCUUGCUGCAACUCUAUAUCAAAGCCUGUCGAAUCGUGUUUCUCUAGAAAAGCUGCAUUUUUAUUUGACUGCCAUGAGUCAGGUAUCCAAAGCAGACUGUGUGCUAAUUUAUGGAGUUGCAUAUGCACACCUAGACGAUUGCUCUUCUAUUUCGAUUAAAACGGAUGUAUUUCAAUUGUCGCUAUUAGAUCGUAUUGACAAGGGUAUUAAUUUAUAUUGUAUGGCAUUGUCGACGCUAAUGGCUACAUCUUCCCCGCAGCACCCCAUGAACUUCCAAUCAGAUGUUAUAAGCUUACGAUGUCACUUCUUGCAAGCUCUACAUUGCAUUGUAGUGUCACGAAAUUCGUUAUGCAUUACACCGCCAUCCGCAAUUUCAAACACUUUAGCGCAAAAUUUACGGGAUCCAUUGCAGAAAUUUGGGCACGUAACCAAUCAACUACGGAAAAAUAUCAAGAUUAUGAAAUCUUGCGGACUAUCUUACGACAAACUACUUAGAAGUUCUUUUGACGCCGAUCCGUGUUCUUUGGAGUAUCUUACCAGCAUGCAUUUUUUGUGCACAAUAUUUGAAACGUCAAUCGAAACUAUAUCUUUCCUGAGUUCUGCGGAUCCAGUUAAACGUUCACCGCAUUGUACUCACCCGGAAUCUAAAUAUUUACAUGCUAUUUGCCAAACGGUGAUCGAACAGUUACAAACACUGCCAAACGAGAUUGGUUCGACAAAAUCUAUCACGAGCAAACACAUCGACAUGCUUCUCAAACAAAUAGAGGUUGUUAUCAAAUCGCCGUUCUGCAUGCCACGAUAUUUCUUCCAAAUACUACAAAAUACCUCUGUUAAACUGGCCCUCACUCCGCAGUCACGUGCAGCUGGAGAACCGAUUUUUGUUCAACCUAAUAGCAACUUAACGAUUAAAGUAGAAGGUGUUAUUCAACACUAUGGUAAAACUCCAUCAUUAUUUCGAACAAUCGAACGUGUCCAACUGACUUUAUCAACACAAAUACUGAUGAGCAGACAGAAUGAUUUUAAGGUUAUUUUGGAUAAUGCAGUGUUGACUCAAGUUGUGAAGCCACACCAUGAUUUUUUAAGUGGAAACUUUUUACUAUCGCUGCAAAACACUAUUAUGCAUUCUAGUUCAACGAUAUCGGUUGGUAGUCAUUGGCAAGUUACUCUGGAAACAUGCAUCAUCGAUCAAAAUGGAUUAAUAUGGACGACUGGUCCCAAAAGCGUGUUGCAAGUGCGAAUCCCAGAGGAUACUCAUAAACAAAGCCUUACUAUUCAAUCAUCAUCACGCCGGUUCUUGUAACAUGAUUGAAGUCGCUAAUUCGUGUAAUAUGUUUUCAUGAUAUUCAGCCAACGAUACAAUCUAAUAAAUCAAAUUUAGUUUAAA